AUGGCUUCUGUCUUUAGCGGCGUGUUACAGUUGACAGAUCUGGACGAUUUUAUCACGCCGUCUCAGGAAUGCAUUAAACCUGUCAAAGUGGAGAAGAAACAAGGCAAAUCGGUGGCCAAAAUCCAGAUAGAAGAUGAUGGCAGUUAUGUUCAGGUCAACCCAGCCGGGGAGAAGGAAAAACUCGAAAAAGCAAAGAUCACGCUGAACGACUGUUUGGCUUGCAGCGGAUGCAUAACAUCGGCCGAAAGCGUCCUCGUCGCGCAGCAGAGCCACGAGGAGUUCUUUAAAGUCUUGCGCAACAACAAGCAGGCGGGCGAGACGGAGAAGAAGGUGGUGGUGGUUUCGGUGUCGCCUCAGUCCAGAGCGUCCCUGGCCGCGUUCUACGGCCUCAGCGCCGGCCAAGCGGGGAAGAGGCUCACCUCCUUCUUCAAAAGCCUCGGCGUAGGUCACGUCUUCGACACGGGCUUCAGCCGGACCUUCAGCCUGCUGGAGAGCCAGCGAGAGUUCGUGGAACGUUUCCGAAGGAAGGAGGGCGACGGCCGAGGCUUGCCCAUGAUGACGUCGGCGUGUCCGGGUUGGAUCUGCUAUGCGGAGAAGACGCACGGCCAAUUUAUUCUUCCCUACAUCAGCACCACCCGCUCCCCGCAGCAGAUGAUGGGCUCGCUGGUGAAAGGAUAUUUUGCUGAACAACAGGGUUUGAGUCCGCACCAGAUCUACCACGUGGCGGUGAUGCCCUGCUUCGAUAAGAAACUGGAGGCGUCCAGGUCGGACUUCUACUUGAGCAAAGCCGAGAGCAGGGAAGUGGACUGCGUCAUCACGUCGGGAGAAGUUCAAAAAAUGUUAGAAGAGGAAAAAGUGAGUCUUAACGAUAUACCGGCCGGACCUUUAGAUACCAUUUUCAGCAACGUGAAAGACGGCGAGUUCCUGAGCCACGCCGGCAGCGGCUCGGGCGGUUACCUCCAUCACGUCUUCACUUACGCGGCCGAGCGCCUAUUCGGAGAGGAGGUCAAGGAACUCACCUAUAAGACUCUCCGGAAUAAGGACUUCCAGGAGGUGACGCUGGAGAAAGACGGAGAGGUGGUUCUGAGUUUCGCUUCUACGUACGGAUUCCGCAACAUCCAGAACCUGGUGCAAAAACUCAAGAGGGGAAAGUCGCCGUACCACUUUGUGGAGGUGAUGGCCUGUCCCUCGGGGUGCCUGAACGGCGGCGGGCAGCUGAAGGCCGCCACUGGCGAGAACCCAAAGGAGCUCCUCCAGAAGGUAGAGGCGCUCUACCGAGCGGAGGAAACCCGGGCGCCCGGAGACGACGCUCGCGUGGCCCGACUGUACCGCUCGUGGCUGGACGGCGUGGGCGAGGAGCGCGCCCGAGAACUCCUUCGCACCGAAUACCGCGCCGUAGAGAAAAUGACCAACGGGCUCGCCGUCAAAUGGUGA